AUGCUGGAGCCGAAAGGUGGUACCGGGUACCAGUCUAACAAUAUCGUCUGGAGCGAUUUCUAUGUUCACAAAAGUUGGAUUGUUUGCGUGCCAAAGACUGUUGGCACUGCGGGGACAUAUCAGGUGUGGCGAUAUAAAAACAUAGCAACUUCGUGGACGCAUGCCAUUAUCGCUGGAACUUGGACCUUGUCAUGUUUCUUCAGCGAUCCCAAACUUGCAGAAGAUUUGAUUGCAAGGUGGUCACCUUCAUCGCAUCUCCUAGUUUGCUUUUCUAUCGGUUACUUCAUCCACGAUGGACUGGACAUGCUCAUAAACCGUAGGAAGAGAGAGACGUGGGAGCUACUGGGUCAUCAUGUCAUAAUUGUGAUAUGCUUUGGGAUAGCAAUCGUGACACGACUCUACGUAGGCUAUGGAGUCGUCUCGCUGUUAGUGGAAGUCAACAGUGUCUUUCUACACCUGCGACAGAUGCUUCAGAUAGCUAAGGUCGACCCAAAGUCAAUGCUGUAUCGAUGCAACAGCCUCGUUAAUCUAGGUACGUUCGUGGUGUUCCGCAUCGUUCUGCUCGCGUGGAUGACUCGCUGGCUUGUCGUGAACCGCGACCGCAUCCCGCUGCCCUUCUACACGAUCGGCAGCAUCAGCAUGGCCGUCAUGGUCGUCAUGAACAUCGUGCUCUUCUACCGCGUGCACCAGCGCGACUUCAGAAGACGCCGCAAGACAUCGACAUCGUGAGGUCACCGCGGUGACGCGAGAUCGCCGUGGCGACGCACGUGAAGUACGACUUGACUUUUGGUCUUUAUAUAUGUGGCCUUUUUGGGGUUUUUGUUCGCUGGUUGGGAGUUUGGCGAUAGUGCUAGGUUGGUGCAGUCUGGUUGGGAUAGGCCCAUGUUUACGUGUCUGUACAGUAGGUCAGUACUGUGUAUGUAGACAUGUGAUGGUGAAGAGGAAGAGGAGUAUCACAUGCUUGUGCAGCGGUAGAAUUCAGGGGUCGCGGCAGAGGCAAGAAUCAAAAAUGGAAAAUUUAUGAGAAAGUGUUCAGGUUGUCACGUCGAUAUGUGUGUUUUUUGUGGAGUAUUGCGAAACACACUGCGAGUGCCUGCGAAUGCACGCUGAAACGCUACGAUUUUCACGAUGCAUAUCCUCUAUAUUCAACAGAAGUGUUUAUUUUUCAACUGGGACACAUUUUGCUACUGGAAAAAUAGGAUGUGCAGUCUGAGAAAGGAAGCAAGAUUGUGAUUCUUGACUCUCUCGCGGUUGCUAGAUCCACCCGCUGCAUAGGAGACGCGAUAUUGCUCUUCCUCCUCGGUAUUACAUUUAUAAAUGUGUUGGUCAUGCAAAGACUAAAGCAACCUAGUAAAUAGUAAUUAUUGCUGAACUCUUAACGACUUAGCAAAAGGUAAACACGAAAAAGCUAUAACUUUAAAGAAGUUUUCUCCCCAGCACUUUAAUGAAAGGCUGACAUUUAAAUCUGAAGCUAAUUCUGGAACAUCUCAUAAAUCCUCCAACAUAACUUGAUUUGCCUAAUCGAUAUGCCUUAAUUUGCCAGCUGUUUUGACUUUUGACAAUUCCAACGCAGUCAUUCUGUGUUUUCACAGCUUGAUGUGUAUGUAUCUGAACUGAUCGAGUUUACCUUUACAGGUCGUGUUGCGGUUGUGAUUUUGAGAUCUCAGAUAUGGCGAUCGUAGGUAAAUGACGCCUCGUCGAAUACUAUACACAGCCGCUCGCAGUAGUAAUAUACUGCAUGCGAGCGUGAUAUAUAUACUUGUCUGUCAGUUUCGUGCUUUAGCACUGGCUAACAUUCUAAACUCGUCCUCAAUCUCAAAUGGUGCUACCUCUGAACUCUACAUUACUUUUUACACACUGCUGUGACGAUUCGAACGGUUCGUAAAACUGUUUCGCGGUAUUUUUGUAUUAAAAGUCCGAUGUUCCAGCUAUUUUCAGUGCACUCACCUAUAGUAUUUUCAUAUUAUCUAUUGUCCGGCCAAGGUAUCUCGAAUGAAUCUACGUUACUGCAUGCUACGGCAUUUUAGUCGCAGCAAUUUACCCUUAUUUUAAAUUAAAGAGUUGGUUAACUGCUGCCUGGAGGCAGAAUGUGACGUUAAAACGAUGACAUGUGGAAGUCACCUCCACAAAAGACGACACGAUAUUCACACAAUCAGGAUGCAUGGGGUGUAAUGUUGCCCGGGAUUCUAGCUAACCUAAUAGCAAUAGAAUAUCUGCUAAAUGAAACCUAAUAGCCUAUAGAAUAUCUGUUGAAUGGAAUAUUACCAUAUUUUAUAACCGAGUAUUUUUUACUAUUUUCUGAAUCCGUGAGGAUUGCGCGUGCCAAUUGAGAUUUUAAAAUUGAAUAUAUGCAUUUUGUUGAAUUUACACGACCACGUGCUACGCAAAUGAGACGAGUAACGUAAGAAUGGCAGUGAUCAUGUUAUUGUGAAGCAGUAUGGUUUCCGCAGUGAAUGUGGAAGGACCUGCGAUUGUACUUGUGAUUAAUGAUAGUAUGUCGCAGAUUUAUACUCCUGUCUGUACGCUUACCAGCCACUGAUAUUUACUGCAAAAUUUAUGCCAAUGUUAUGUUUACCGAAGUGUGAAACCUAGUCGCGUUACGUUUAGUUUCAGUUCGUGUAGAUACGUCGGGAGACACCCGACUGUGUGUGUGUGUGGCUCGUGAUCGUAAAGGUCGUAAUGUUAUAA